GCUGCAAGCCAGUCAAUCGCUGGGUCGGCCGCGCGAUCCCACCGCUGCUCUCAUUUUGGUUUCUGCACCCGUCCCGAAAGAACAUGCGUCAACUGCUUAGCACCCGUAACGUCAACAUCCCGGAAGACGUCAAGUUUUCGCUCGAGGGCCGCAAGGUCACCGUGACGGGCAAGCGCGGCACGGUCUCGCGCGACUUCUCGCACGUCACGCUCGACAUGCGCCGCAUCAACAAGACGACGCUCCGUGUCGACUUGUGGUUCGGCAACCGCAAGCAGCUCGCUUGCGUGCGCACGGUCUGCUCGCACAUCGAGAACAUGAUCACCGGUGUCACCGUCGGCUUCAAGUACAAGAUGCGCUUCGUGUAUGCCCAUUUCCCCAUCAACGUCACGUUCGAGAACAACACGGUCGAGAUCCGCAACUUUUUGGGUGAGAAGCGCGUGCGCAAGGUCACCUUGUCGGAGGGCGUCACCUACGUCCGCUCGGCGGACGUCAAGGACCAGAUCGAGCUUUCGGGUAUCGACCUCGCCAAGGUCUCGCAGGACUGCGCCAACAUCACGCAGUCGUGCCUCGUCAAGAACAAGGAUAUCCGUAAGUUCCUCGAUGGUAUCUACGUCUCGGAGAAGAGCAACAUCGAAGAAGUCGAGGCUUAAACGCCUUGCUGACGCUGUGUCAAGCAACGUCGUACUCCUCUUUAACGUGGCGUGCACGAGCUUAAAUACACUUUCGGGUCUACCUCCGUCACCGGGUUGAUGGUCAUUUGGGAAGACUUGCUCUUCCCACUGGCGUCUUCUGUCCGGGCGGGAUUUAUAGUGUCGCGAUGUGCCGAGCUCCUUCGACUCGGCAUGUUUCUGCAGUGUGAAUUCCGUCUUGUACCACCAACGCAAUAUCUCGCAUCAU